AUGCAUGUUUUUACAUGUAUUUUUUUUUUGUUAAUUAACUCGGCUUCUUCUUAUUUGACUAACAAAAAUAUAUUUUUCCAUAAUAUUUCGAAAAGAAAUUUAAAAUUAAAAGUAAAAUGUGAAAAACCUGAAAUUGAUGGUAACAUAAUAAAUUAUUUUAAAAAUAUAAGAAAAGAGUUUCCUUUUUUUAAUAGAAAAGACUGUCCUGUUUACUUUGACAGUGCAGCAACAUCACAUAAGCCAAAUUCUGUAAUAAAAAAAAUAGAAGAGUUUUAUAUAAAUGAGAAUUCUAACAUUCAUCGUGGAAUUUACAAAAUUAGUUUAGAAGCAACAAAUAACUAUGAAAAUGUAAGAGAUAUAAUAAAAAGUUACAUUAAUUGUGAGAGUAGAGAAGAAAUAGUUUUCACAAAUGGUGCUACAUAUGGUUUAAAUUUAGUGUGUAAACUGAUAAUGGAUAAGAUUAUUAAAAAGAAAGAUGAUGAAAUUCAUUUAACUUAUUUAGAACAUCAUUCAAAUAUUAUACCUUGGCAAGAAGAAAUAAUAAGACGUAAAAAAGGAAAAAUAAAAUAUAUACCAUUAAAAAAAAAUGGAUAUAUAAAUAUAAAAAAAUUAGAAAAAAGUAUUAAUUCUAACACAAAAGUUUUGUCAAUAAGUCAUGUUUCAAAUGUACUCGGUAAUGUACAAAAAAUAAAUUUAAUUAUUAAAAAAGUAAAAAAAAUUAACUCUAAUAUAAUCAUAGUUAUAGAUGCAGCACAAAGUUUUCCACAUAUAAAAUAUGAUAUACAAAAAAUGAAAUUAAAUAAUUCAGAUCCUGACAUAUUAAUAGCAUCAGGCCAUAAAUUUUGUGGACCAUUAGGAAGUGGCUUUAUUUAUAUGAAAAAAUCGUUAACUUCUUCUUUUAAAUUUAAACCGUUAUUGUUUGGCAGCAAUAUAAUUACAAAUGUUUCAAAAUAUAAAUCAAAAUUCGUUUCACCUCCUUAUUUAUUUGAAACAGGUACACAAAAUAUUUCAGGUAUUAUAUCAAUGGGUGCUGCUAUUAAAUUUUUAGAAAAAAUUGACUGGAACUUUUUUUAUUUAUAUGAAAUGUAUUUAUACGAUUUAUUAAUUUAUUAUUUACAAAAAUUUCUUAAACAUAAAUUUAUUCAACUACCUUUAACAAAUUCUUCAAAAACAUACCAUAAUACAGAAUAUAAUUAUGAUAUAGAAAACGGUUAUAAUAUUAUAGAAAAUGAUAUAGGUGAAGUAAGAAAUGACCCUAAUUUAAUUACAAAUGAUUUAAAAAAUAAAAAAAAUGAUACAAAUAAUAUAAAUAAUAAUUCGAUAGAUGAUUUGAAGAUUUAUGUUCAUAAUACUAAAAAACUAGGUUUAAAGAAAAUUGGAAUAUUGCCACUAUGGUCAAACAAAUUUUCUUCCUUUGAUUUAGUUACAUUUCUAGAUUUCAAAAAUAUUUGUAUAAGAUCAGGGAAUCAUUGUACAACAUUGUUACAUAAUCACUUUUUAAAAAUUCCGGACAGUUCAAGAAUUUCAAUAUAUUUUUACAACACACCUGAAGAAAUACUUUAUUUAGCUGAACAAAUUACUUCAAUAUCCGUUAUGUUAAAUGAAAUAAGAAAAUGA